AUGGAAAAUAUAUGCUAUCGCUGUUCCAUAUCUGGUGAAUCGCUAAACGAUCAUGCGUACCUUUUUUUCGACGGAUAUUUUUUAAACGAUUUUAACCAUGCCACACCAGACGUGAAAGCAAACCAAAAGAGGAAUAUCUUUUUAGACAAUGAUAAAAAAUGGUUCUCAAAAUACGUAGCUGAUCAACAUAAAAACGCUAAAGAAAAAGGAGACAUGCGAAAUGUGUAUAAGAAGGUGUACACGAAUUUAUAUCUAUGCAAAAUGUGCAAUGGACUACAUAAUAUCGAUUUGAUACUUCUCUACAAUAAAAAUAGUUGUUUCCAUCAUGAAGUGUUAAAAGAAAAUUCCCCUAUCAGUGCAGAAGACGAAAAAAAUAUGAACAAGGUACUUAAUAGAAUAAAAAAUGUACUUCACCUCCUGAAGAAUAUUGAUAUAGUUUUUUUUUUUCUCUAUUUACACAAAACGAACCAAAUUUUUUGCGAAGAGGAAAAUAUUACCCACGACACAUUUCACAAAAAUUUUGAACGUAUAAAAAAGUACAUAUUAGUAUCCCCCCAAAGAACAGGCAAUAAUAUUUCCAAUAAACAAAUUUUAAAGACAUUUGCAUAUUUCUUGAUUUAUUUCUACAUAACAUUUUACCGUAAAAUAUGUGAUAGUGUAUCCCUAAGUCUGGUCCAAACUGAAUUCGUCAUCAAUUUGUACAAACAAGCUGUGUUAAUUUUUAAUGUUAAUGCAGGUGAACACAAAACUGUAAAUAGCAGUCAGUCGUCUGAAACAGCGCAUAAAAAUAACAGUCGAAAAUAUCGCCUUUACAAGAAAAAAAGGAAAAUAACAAAUGAAAGCGAUGGGUAUAAGGAAAAUGAAAUAUUGCACAAUGACGAGGUUGACCAUAAUGACGAGGUUGACCAUAAUGACGAGGUUGAUCAUAAUGACGAGGUUGAUCAUAAUGACGAUUCUCCCCCCAAUGGGGAAGAAACUGAAGAGGUAGAAAAAAAAAUGAAUGCCACAAAUCCGUCUCAUGAUGGGGAAAAUAGGGAAUUAGACUUUGCCCCCUCACUUCCAACCCUCGACGUAUACAUAUCUAUUAACAACUUAUGCGUAUGUGGUUACUACAAUAAAUAUAACAAAGAAAUGUCACAGACCAAGUGGUUCAUAAAUAAUGAAUCACAAAGUGCAUUGUCAGUGGAAGAAUGUAUUUGUCACAUUUUUAAAAAAACAUUCCAAUCGUGCAAUGAGGUGUUUAUGGCAUCCGGAAGGGAAGACAAAGAUGUUCGAAUGAUGAACAUAGGAAGGCCCUUCCUCUUUGUUCUGAAAGAGACGAAAUUUUCCUUCCUAAAUUUUUACUUGUUCUUUAGUAAGUUAAGAAGGAUGGAAUUAACUCACACUGAUAGUGUUAACUCCCUCGAAAUAAAAACAAUAGAUCAGAUAAAUCGCUUUCUCCAACAAGAAAAUUGUGCACAUGACAAUUCUGUAAGAGACCACGUUCCCACAUUGAAAGAGGAGAAUUAUCCCCUGCAGAAAAUUAACGACAGCUAUGCAUUGAUAAACAAAAAAGAUACCAUUAUGUUAUACGAUAUAGAAUCCCAUCAAGUUCUUGCUGAACAGACAAAGGAUAAAAUUGUGAAGGAACAAAAGAUACACAGUUUGAACAUUUCACGUAACUACAAUAAAGAACUGGAAGUGCUACUAUUGGGAGAGUCCAUCGGGGAGGACGAAGAGGGAAAUUUUGACGAAAUUGGCAAAGAAGAUCCAAUUUCCCAAAAUGAUGCCAAGGGAAAUUCGGAAAACGGCAAUUGUGACAAUCUUAAUGGAUGUAUCCCCCCAAACAAUGUUUCCAAUUUGGAUGUAAUAAAAAAAAACAUCACAAGGAAUGCCAAUGAAGACUAUAAUAUUGGCAACCUUGUGGACGUAAAAUUCAGCAACAUUGCUUUUAGCACAAAUUAUGCCUUGAUAAAAAAAAUUAUGAAGUUUGGUGAAGAGAGAAAAAAGGCCUAUAAAUGCAUCAUAUACCACUCUUCCCCAAUGACUAAAGAAAAAAUACAAAAAAUAAAUCAAGACGUUUUAAAUUAUGAUAAAAACGACAUUUGUAUAAUUAAUGUAAUACAAAAAACUCCAAUAAGGGUACUCCAUAGAAGGAGUCUACUAAAACGAGAAAGGAAAAUUUUUGAAUUCAACCUCGUUUUUGUUCAUGAACAUUUUUCUUUAUUAUAUUUAUUGGCACAGUCAGGGAUGUAUAUAAAAGAGUUCGUUAAUGGAGACAGAGGAAGAACUUUUCCAAACUUGAAACACUUCUUUGGGCAAGACACAUUCGUUAAUAUAUUAAACUUAGAUGUAUCAAGUUUUACGUACGAUUUAAAUGUCCAGUAG